AUGGCCUUGCAUAUAGACCACAGAGACCAAUUCCCCAUAUCCGCCUGGGCCGAAAAGCAACUCUACCUCCUCGACAAAGAACAAGAAGCAGAAGCCAACUCCUCCAAACUUGCGGGCACCGCCGCCUCCGUCUCCCCGUCUACCCGCCGCACCCUCCAAGCAGCCGGGUACGCCCUCACAGGGCUCGUGCUCUCACAAUGCCGUACUGGAAUGGGCGGGCGUGUUGUCGGCGAGUUCACGCCCGACCCCGCGAUUUCGUCUGCAGGCACGGAUGAGAAGCUACGGCUAGGAUCGCAUGGCAUUCGCGUUGGAGAUGUCGUUCGCGUGAAUACCGUUACAUCUGGAGCUGCCAAGAACAAGGACAAAGAGAAGAGUGGCGAUGGGGCUAAGGAUGGACCAGAGGGAGUCGUCACUCGUGUCUCGGACAAGGGUGUUUGGAUUGCGUUUGGGCAGAAAGGGAUGGGUCGCCCGAAGGACGAGGAUGAAGCCAUUGAGCAGCUGUGGAGUAAGAAGCUGUGGAUCCUUAAACUCGCCAACGAUGUCACGUAUCGACGGAUGAAGCAGACGAUGACGAAGCUCAAAGAGAUGAAACAAGAGGCAUACACAAAUUUCAUCGAAAUCGCAUUUGGGCACAGUUCUACAUCACGGCCCGAGUACAACCUGGACGACGUCCAAUUUGUAGACCCCUCGCUGAACGACUCGCAAAAGCACGCUAUUUGCUUCGCGCUGGCUUCCAAAGACCUUGCCCUCAUCCAUGGACCCCCUGGCACAGGAAAGACGCACACGCUCAUCGAACUUAUCUUGCAGCUGGUUCAGCGCAAGCAACGGGUGCUGGUCUGCGGCCCCUCCAAUAUCUCCGUCGAUAACAUCGUCGAACGGCUGGCUCCUACCAAAGUCCCCGUCGUGCGCAUUGGUCAUCCGGCGCGCUUGCUUCCCUCGGUUCUCGACCAUUCGCUCGAGGUCCUGACGCAAACCUCCGAUGCGGGAGGCAUUGUCAAGGAUGUUCGCAAGGAGAUUGAUGCGAAGCAAGCUAGUAUCCGGAAGACAAAGACCGGCCGGGAAAGAAAAGCGAUUUACAAUGAUCUCAAGUCAUUGCGCCAGGAGUUCCGCGAGCGGGAGUCCAAGUGUGUUCACGAUCUGGUGCGCGAGAGCAGUGUGGCUCUGGCUACACUCCACGGUGCCGGAGGACACCAGUUGAAGCAGCAGCAAUUUGAUGUGGUGAUCAUCGAUGAGGCGAGCCAGGCAUUGGAGGCCCAAUGCUGGAUUCCGCUGAUAUCUGCGAAGAAGGUUAUCCUUGCUGGUGAUCAUUUACAACUGCCUCCGACGGUCAAAUUUAAAGACCCUGUAAAAGGCGCAAAAAAAAGCAAUGGCAAGGAAACCAAAGACAACGAAUCGGCUAACCCCGAGGACAACAAAUGGACCAAAGACGUCUCGCUUGAGACGACACUGUUCGAUCGUCUCCUGUCCAUGCACGGCUCAGAAGUCAAGACCAUGCUAACUACCCAGUAUCGGAUGCAUGAGAAAAUCAUGAACUUCCCAUCCGACCAACUCUACGAGUCGAAACUAAUAGCCGCAGAAGCAGUCAAGGCGCGUCUGCUGAUCGAUCUACCCUACGAAGUCGAAGAUACCGACGACACACGGGAGCCUCUCGUCUUGUGGGACACGCAGGGCGGCGAUUUCCCCGAGAAGACCGAAACCGAUGAUAUCGGCAAGAAGGAGGCUCUUCUGGGCGAGAGCAAAAGCAAUGAAAUGGAGGCGAUGGUCGUGGCUCGACAUGUGGACAACCUCGUUGACGCGGGGGUCCACCCCGAGGACAUCGCCGUCAUUACCCCGUACAACGGCCAGCUCGCGGUUCUGUCGCAGAAGCUGCGAGAGAAAUAUCCCGACCUGGAACUCGGCAGCGUUGAUGGAUUCCAAGGCCGGGAGAAGGAGGCUAUUGUGGUUAGUCUAGUGCGCAGCAAUGACGAGCAGGAGGUUGGGUUCCUGCGUGACAAGCGACGUCUCAAUGUGGCAAUGACGCGCCCAAAGCGCCAUCUUUGUGUCUGCGGGGACUCGGAGACUCUCAGUCGAAGCGGGGUGAAGUUCCUCAAGGACUGGAUGGGCUUUUUGGAAGAGCAUGCUGACUUGCGCUAUCCCGACGCUGGGGAGCUACUCCAAUCAAGCGUGUAG